GAAAUCUAGAGAGAGAAAAUCCCGCGGCCGGAGAAGUAAGAACCCAUUUCGGCAAUGCUUUAACGACCGACUUUCAGUUCAGCUCAGAUCCUCCUUUCUGUAGACCAGAUCUAUCGUCUUUUCCCAUACCCCGCCCUCCUACCACCUUCAAAUAUCAAAAUACAGAGUAUUUCCUAUCGUCAUUGAUCGAUCUGCGCUAUAUAGCUGAUUUUUUUCACCACUUGUUUUCAGGGAGGAAGAGCGUAAAUCUUUCUGGUGCAAUGGCGCUUCGUAAGGCAAUUGGUACUGUGAAGGACCAGACAAGCAUUGGGAUAGCCAAGGUGGCUAGCAAUAUGACUCCUGAGCUGGAAGUUGCCAUUGUAAAGGCCACUAGCCACAAAGAUGAUCUUGCCGGGGAGAAAUACAUCAGAGAUAUUCUUCAGUUGUCUUCCUUCUCCCAGGUCCAUGUGAGUGAAUGUGUGUCCUUGGUAUCCAAGAGACUUGGCAAAACCAGGGACUGGGUUGUGGCAGUGAAGUGUUUGAUUCUUAUUCAUCGCUUGCUCAGCGAUGGUGCCACCGUGUUUCAGCACGAAAUGAUGCAUGCCACCAGAAGAAGGGGCACAAGGCUAUUGAAUCUCUCUGACUUUAAGGACGAGGCACAUUCAAAUUCGUGGGAUCAAUCUGCCUUUGUGAGGACUUAUGCACUGUAUUUGGACCAGAAGCUGGAGAUGAUGCUUUUUGAGAGGAAACAGAAUGGAACCGGGGGUGCAGUUGACCAAGAGUGGGGAUCGCCACCCGGAUCAAAUAGGGGAAACAAUUACAAUUAUAGUGAGCCUUCUGCAUAUGGGAUGAGAAGAUCGAGAUCAUAUGGGGAUGUCAAAGAAUCAGCAGCUCAGGAUGUUACACCAUUGAGGGAAAUGAAGCCAGAGAGAAUUUUCGGGAAGAUGAUGCAUUUACAGAGACUACUGGACCGUUUCUUGUCAUGCCGACCAACUGGCCUGGCUAAGAACGAGAGGAUGGUUCUGGCGGCCCUCUACACCUUGAUAAAGGAAAGCUUCAAGCUUUAUGCAGAUAUCUGCGAAGUUUUGGCCGUGUUGUUGGACAGAUUUUUCGAUAUGGAGUAUCAAGAUUGUGUUAAGGCCUUUGAUGCCUAUGCCAGUGCCGCAAAGCAGAUUGAUGAGCUAGUCGGGUUUUAUAACUGGUCGCAGGAGAUUGGAAUUGCAAGGGCUUCAGAAUACCCUGAUGUGCAAAGGAUAACCAGCAAGCUGUUGGAGACGUUAGAGGAGUUUGUGAGGGAUAGGGCAAAGGCGAUAAAGAGCCCAGAAAGAAAAGCGGUGGGCCCGACAACAAUCAAAGAAGAACCUCCACUUGAUAUGAAUGAGAUCAAAGCCUUGCCUCCACCCGAGAAUUAUACUCCUCCUCCACCCGCGCCCGAACCAAAACCUGAGCUUCCUAAGCCAGCACCGGUUCUUGAGGCAGGGAGUUUAGUGGAUUUGAGGGAGGAAGGUGUGACCGCAGAUGAUCAGGGAAAUAAGUUCGCUUUGGCGUUAUUUGCUGGGCAAGGAGGAAAUAAUGCGAAUGGAUCAUGGGAAGCAUUCCCUUCUAAUGGGGAGAAUGAGGCAGUGACCUCUGCUUGGCAGAACCCAGCAGCCGAGAGAGGUAAAGCCGAUUGGGAGUUGACUCUGGUCGAGUCAGCAAGUAACCUGUCAAAGCAGCAGGCAGCACUUGGUGGUGGACUUGACCCGUUAUUGCUGAAUGGAAUGUACGAUCAGGGGACUGUCAGGCAGCAUGUGAGCACUACCCAGCUGAGUGGAGGUAGUGCCAGCAGCGUCGCAUUGCCUGGACCAGGGAAGAGUACAACUCCAGUGUUGGCACUUCCUGCUCCUGACGGUACCACUGUCCAGGCUGUUGGGCAGGAUCCGUUUGCUGCUUCUUUGAACGUUCCUCCCCCUUCUUACGUGCAAAUGGCAGAUCUGGAGAAGAAACAGCAGUUUCUGGUGCAUGAACAGAUGGUGUGGCAGCAGUAUGCUAGAGAGGGGAUGCAGGGGCAAUCGAGUAUGGGAAAGAUCACCAGCCCAGGUGGAUACAUUACCCCAGGCCAGCAACCAAUGAUGCCUUAUGGAAUGCCCCCAGUAAAUGGCUUGGGAGUACCACCUGCUGGGUAUUACCCCACUUCCUACUGAUUUUAUGAGCUUUUAUAUAGUAGCAUUAGAUUUUUUUAACUCUUGUUCUGUUUUUGAAUAAUAUUAUCUCGUUACUUUAUUUUUUCUUGUGUGGUUUUAUUCUUCCUAUUUGUUGAUAUGCCAAUGUGGGAAGAGAAGGUGAGUGGAGUGGAAAACUGUGCUCAAGAGAUUGGUGAUCGCCAAGCAUUCCUGCAGGGGGGUCUCCUUAAAGUCCACAACCCUUAUACGGAGUAUUAUAUUUCUUUUCUAUAUAUUUAUUUUAAAUAUUUUGUAAUUCCUGGAUCUUUUUUAGUAUUGUCAUUAUGUGAAGUACGAUGUAUUAAUCUAAUUAGUACAAUGGAUAUUACGUUUAUAUACUUAUAAGUCAAUUACUAAUCACACGAAUUCAUUUCUUUUGUUCAUA